GCCCAUUUUCGGAACGUAAAACGUGACUCUUUAAGCCCAUCCUUAAUAAAGUGGAAUUUCUGUCGGCCACUUCCAAUUUUUCCAUUCAAAGGAACUCUCACUUGGCAGUUGUCCCAUCUAGAUCUUCUUAGCCCCUUUUCACCAUUAGUUUCUCUUGUCUGUACCAAGCAAGAUGACGGCGGCAGCAUUACCACCAUCAGAACUAUCGGAUCGACUGUACAUCCUAGGCCAUCAAGUGUUCUUCCUUCUAAGCGGCCUGUGUCAGACACUUGGUGCUCAAUGGUUGUUUUAUUCAGGUGCUGCAACUGGAAGCAGCUACUUUACUCAGGUUGCUCAGUAUUUUGGUAUGAUCUGGGUAGGUCUAUUGCUACCUAUCAUGAAUUCAAGGAAACAAGUCUAUACCAAGCUACCUACCAAGUCAGAGGAUGAUUCCAUCGAGGGUCAUGGUAUGACGAUUAUAGCGACAGCCGAUAUCACUGAAAAUGGGAUGGAGGAUGAUCCAGAGCACAAAUCCAAAUCAUCACAAGAAGGUCCUAUUCAUCAUAAAUCUAUCUUCAAGCUUGCCAUCGUAGAGGUGGUUGCCAACUUUACCGUCAGUGUUGGAUUUUAUCUUGUUGGAAGUGGGAUGUAUCAAGUUAUUUAUAGCAGCGUUGUGAUUUGGUGUGCCAUCCUCAGUUACUUUACUAUGGGAAGAACAUUGACGCCAACACAAUGGGUGGCUAUCAUGGGCACAAGUGUUGGAUUGGCCAUUAGUGCUAUGGGUAACACUUCUCAGGGGGAUGCUACAUCUGCUCCGCUCUUAAUUUUUGGCAUGAUCGUUACUCUGAGUGGCACAUUCUUCUAUUCGUGCGUCUACGUUUUUUCCGAUCACAUUCUUUCUCAGCAAGUUCCUGGACCCUCUCCCAUUCGAGUGUGUUCCUAUGUUGGAGCGUACUGUACCGUGCUUUCCGUCAUCUGGAUCAUGGUUUACACCGUACCUCGAUUCGAUGAACUCAUCCAUGUUCAUCCCGACGUUUCCAUGCAAUCUGUCGCUGGCAUGUACGCGCUUCUUAUUCUCGCUAGCGCCACGCAUGCCUGGAAUUAUUAUGAGUUAAUCGGGCGAACAGGCAACGUUGCCACCGGCAUUCUACAGGGUCUAAGAGCCAUUCUAGUGUUCGGAUUGAGCCACUUUUGGUACUGCAGCAGCGAUUCCGCUCAAUGUUUUACAGUUUGGAAAGGAUGGGGAAGCGUGAUGGUGGUUGGCUGUGUGCUGAUGUUUACACUAGGUGGUAGAGGCCAAAAGGGAGGGCAUUCGCUGAACUGACUUGCCUAACCAACCCGAUGGGAAUACAACCCUCAUCAGAUAGGCUGACGGGUGAAGCUUGAAGAACCGAGCGUAGAGAUAGGGAAUCAAGUUCCAUUAAAUGAAAUGCCCAAAAUGGCAAGUUUUCAGAUAAGCAAGCCAAAAUGCAAUAAAUUUCUAUCGCUCAUUAGGGAACCCUUUAUCUUUUAAGCUAUGCUAUGGUA